CGGCCGGCCGUUGAGCCAUUCGCGCGGGGAGGGCCGCGAGCGGCGAUCGGGGCGGCAGUGCGCGCAUCGGCAGGCGGCAGCGGAGCCGCUGCCCAUCUGUCCGUCCGUCCGUCCGCCGCCAGGGAGCGGCGCCGCCGCCGCCCGGCCUCCCCCUCCCGCCCCACCUCCUCCUCCUCCUCCUCCUCGCACUCCUCCUCCCGCCGGAGCGAGCGAGCGAGAUGGCGGCCGCCGGGGCUCUGGCAAAGCACGAGCAGAUCCUGGUGCUCGAUCCGCCCACCGACCUCAAAUUCAAAGGUCCCUUUACAGAUGUAGUAACUACAAAUCUUAAACUACGAAAUCCAUCAGAUAGGAAAGUAUGCUUCAAAGUGAAGACCACAGCGCCUCGUCGAUACUGUGUGAGGCCAAACAGUGGAAUUAUUGACCCAGGAUCGUCUGUAAUCGUUUCAGUAAUGCUGCAGCCUUUUGACUAUGAUCCAAAUGAGAAGAGUAAACACAAGUUUAUGGUACAAACAACCUAUGCACCACCAAAUAUUUCAGAUAUGGAGGCAGUGUGGAAAGAAGCAAAACCCGAUGAGUUAAUGGACUCCAAAUUGAGAUGUGUGUUUGAAAUGCCCAGCGAAAAUGAUAAACUGAAUGAUAUAGAUGCAAGCAAACCCGCCCCAGUACUGAAUACAUCUAAGCAGGAUGGACCGAUGCCAAAAGCACAUAGUGUUUCACUUAAUGAUACUGAAACAAGGAAGCUAGUGGAGGAGUGCAAAAGACUUCAAGCAGAAAUUAUGAAGCUGACGGAUGAAAAUCGGCACUUGAGAGAUGAAGGCUUGAGGCUCAGAAAGGUAGCUCACUCGGAUAAAUCUGGAUCACCCACAGCUUUGGCCCUCAGAGAUAAUGGCUCUAAUUCUCUUCCUUCACUUCUUGUUGUAAUUGCAGCCAUUUUCAUUGGAUUCUUUCUAGGGAAGUUCAUCUUGUAGAAAGAAUGAGUGAGAGAAGCAUGCAAAAUGCAGCUUCCUUUUUUUUUUUUUUUUUUCUCGGCCAGAAAAAGAUUUGUUUACCUACCACUUCAUUGGUAGUAUGGCCCAAGCGGCCGUUUUUGUGUACAGCAUCAUAACAGGCUUUGCCUUUCAUGAUCUCGCACAGUUAGAAAACACAAUCUGAAAAGAGAAACUGUUCGGCUACUGGACAAAAUUGUACAUUAAGUCAUCAAUAGCAGGUGUCAGUUGCACAGUCAGUCCUUUAUGAAAAAUCAUAAAUAAAGAAUUGUUCUUUCUUUCUGUGGUUUUAAUAAGAAUUCAAAAAUUGUUCAGAGUCUUGUAAAUGUUAUUUUAAUAAUCCUUUAAAAUUUUAUCUGUGGCUGUUACCUCUUGAAAACUGAUUUAUUAGAUUGCUAAUCCCACUCAUUCAGGAAUAUGACAAGAGGUGUUCUGGGGGAAAUCGUGCCUCUUACUGUGUAAAUUUUCUCCUUACCUUACUUUGCUAAUAUCACGGCAGAACUUUUCUUAUCCCUUGUGAGGCAUUGUUGAGAGUUCUUCAUCCUUACAAUCCUGUCCCAUAAUAUUUAACAUUACAAAAGAAAUAAAAUUGUUAACAGAUUUUUCUGCUGGGUA